UCCUGUCAUAUUUUGAAGUUUUGAGAUAUCUAGGAAAAAAGUUUUCUUCAAUUUAGAACUCUUCUCAUUAAAAGCGAAACCGUUUACACUUCAUUGUUCGUUGCUGUUGUUGGUGUUGGCGUAUGCGUUUGCUGGUGGUUUCAUAUUCAAUCACUUGGAAGCAGAAGCGUAUGAACGUCAUCAUGAAGAGAAUCGUAAUAAGAAGAUGAGCUGCGUUCUAGAGGUACAACGAACUCCAUGGCGGAAUGUGACUGCAAAGAAAAUCGCCAACUGCUAUGAACCGGAAAGGGAUGAGCGAAGUGAAUGGUCAUUUGUAACCGCCACGCUCUAUGGUUUCGGUAUUGUGACAACACUUGGUUAUAAUCGCAUUGCACCUAUCACAUACGCGGGUCGACUUUUUUGCAUUGCUUACGGUAUUUGUGGUAUACCAAUUACAAUGAUUAUUAUCGCUAACGUCGGACAGUAUCUGAAUAACUUUGCUAGCGAUUCGAGGCGUAGGUUAGAAGCGUAUCGUACUCAACGGCGAAUAUCACGCGCUUCAUUGUCUGGUAAAGAAUACAAGGACUCUUCUAUACAAGUUACAUCACUCGCUUUGUUAAUUGCUUUCCUUAUCUACGUUGCAAUGGGUGCACUCUUACUUCCAGCACUAAACGGACAGAUUGACUUUUUUAACGGACUUUAUUUCAACUUCUUGUGUCUUACGGCAAUUGAUUUUGGGCAGCUUGUUCCAACAAGAGUGGCAUUUCUACCAAUUACGUUUCUUUACGUUUGCCUUGGAUUGGCGAUAACAACAAUUGCUAUAGAUGUUGGCUCGGAAUAUAUGAAGAAAUUGCAUUACCUCGGGAAGAAAAUGAAAGAUGCGGCGUCGACAAAGAUUUGGUUUGGUGGCAAAACUGUUCCUGCCCCAGGACCGCAACUACCAUUUCUAAACUUUUACCGUUAUGGCCUUGUUCUCUAUUUGUACUUGAAGAAGCAUUUAGUCGAUGUUUUUAAAUUUUAA